UAUAGUGGGGUAUAGUCAUAGAACUACUGCCACAAAUUACUAAAAAAGUAUCUAGAGUUCAAUUGUCGGGCUAGAUAUCGGCCCAAAUGGAGCUUGAAAAAUUACAAGCGCAGCUAAAGUCUCAAAUUCAACAGCACCAGAUUUUGGUCAGACAGAUAAAAUCCGAUCCUCAGAAUCCAGACCUUCAAAAGAGGCUAAAAGGACUUCAAAGUCACAUUACAAGUCUGAGCGAACAACAGAAAAGGGUUGUCAAUCACUUGCGACAAGACCUGCUGAAGUCCCAGGCGAUACCUCACAGGGAGUAYAUAAACUCCACGUCGGAGAAGAAUGUGGACAUGGACAAACUUGCAAAAGUCACAGUCAAACAAGAACCCAUGGAAUUCUCCUAUGAGCCCAAGCCUGUCGUCAUGAAGAGUUUUUCAGUUGGGACUCAGAACUUACAGAAUAUAAAACCACGUCCUACACCAGUGGUGRUAGUUUCACAGAGUGGUACGGUACCAUUGUCCAGUAAAAGUCCCACAAGUCCAUUCAACGUGAAAUCACCAACCGUCAACAAGCAAAUCACACAAAAUAACAAUACAAUACCAGUUAAAAGUGGAGGGUCCAGUAGCUCCUUACAGUCAGGACGGUGUUCCUUACCGCCACUACUACCCAAGCCACCCAUCCUGAUACCAAAUGAACUGCCAAGGAAAGAAAACAUGGCACCUAUUGAACCCAAGAAGCUAGAGUUCAUGGCUGCUCUUGGUCUCAUCACUCCGCAAACUAUGAUUGAAAUUCAAGCAAAAAGACAAGAAAGAAAACGCCGUAGUCACUGCAUAUCGCCUUACAGUUCGUUAUUGAUGGAGCCAGAGCCAAAGAAAAUGAAUAGAAUGGUAAUUCUGCCAGUCAAACGUGGAAGAGGUAAAAGUCGACCUCCCAAGUACCAUACAUCAAGUGCCCCAUGUUCACCUAAAACAACCUCCCCCAUACCCAAUGGAUUGGGUGAUGCAGUUGGAACUAGAAAGAUGAGGUACAGRCGCUUUAUAACAGAGGAAUCUCCAGCUGAUGAGGAUGAUGAGCAUGAGAGUGAGUGUGCUGUAUGUAAGACAAGUGGUGAACUAUUGAUGUGUGAUACAUGUAAUCUAGUGUAUCAUUUGAACUGCCUUGAUCCACCACUCGCAUCUAUACCAUCAGGGAUGUGGAUAUGUCCUAAAUGCAAGGAUGCAGCUUCUGAUUGUGAGACCAUGCCUUGGCCAGGAAUGCUGUCAGUUGUACGCUCCUACAUGGCCCACAAAACAGCAAAGGAAGAUGAAAAGAAUUACCUUAUAAAAAGAAGUCAAGAGUUACAAGCUGAAAAGAUGGAGUUGGAAGCCAAAGCAAAACGCCUCAGCCAGUCAAUAAUGGAGCAAGUGCAGACAAAGAGUGAGCUGUCCACGUCCAACAGAAUGGCCAAGAACUCUGUAGAUAAACUAAUCCAAUUCAUUGAACUUGUUCAGAGUUUAUGACAACUUUCUCAGUCUCUAUUCCUCCAAAGUAUUUAUUAUUAACGGGCCCUGGUGGUCUUCCUGUGGUAUCCCAUGCUGCAACRCUGUACUUGAAAUUGAUUCUUUUUGUAAAAAAGUAUAUAUCACUCUUCGCUCAUGUGAAAAUCAGUCUUCACAAAAACCAGUUUGUUGCCUUUGAAUUGAAAACAAAUGAUGUGAUGUUCAAAAAAUGAUAAUGUAUGAGAAAGCUAUAACAUUGUAUACUGGAAAUUUAAGAAUUUUGAAAUAUAUAAAAGAUAUUCUGAUUGAUUUAAUAAUAAUAAUAAUAAUAUCUUUAAUCCUUAAAAUACCAAAAUGAUAUAUAGGAUACAAUAACAGCUUUACGUUCAAAUGGCAAUUCAGUGUCAAAGUCAGUAUUUUGAUUUUGGUAUAUUAAUAUUUUAUAUCCUCUACAAACAAGGAAUGUUGGAUCACUGAACAGCACUGACCACUAUUGUGAAACAUUUUUCCAUUGAGCACAUCUUUUUUGAUCAAACAUUCCUUGUUUCAUGCUUUGCAAAGAAUUAUGGGACUCAGCAUGGCAUAGAUUGUUCACUAGUUUCUCAUUGGAAUAUGUUCUGCAAUCUAGAUGACUUAAUUAAAUUGUGCUUGAGGGACAGGAUGGGUGAUGCCUAGCAAAAUCAGUAUUUACAUUAAUAUACAUUGAACAUAGCUGUUGGAUAUAUAUUAUGAAAAUAUAAUGAAAGUGGCACUUGUGUCAAUAAAUGAUAUACAUUUUUGUCUGCUUUCUGUCUGCCAAA